CAUCAACCGUGGUACUCCCAGUAACCGCCCGGCGGAAGGCAACCAUAAUCAGGGUCAGGGAAGACAAAAUAGCAACCAGGGCCGAAUCUACGUCAUGAACCAAGCUCAAGCGAAUGCCAACGAUGUUGUGUCAGGUACAUUCCUUGUAAAUUCCACACCUGCUCAUGUACUGUUUGAUUCGGGUGCAUCCCACAGUUUUAUAUCCUCAAAACUUGUGGAAAAGUUAAAGUUAGAACCUACCGCUACACUCAACCUUAAUGUAAAAACAGCAUCUAAUAAAGUUGUAGCUUGCGGGAGUGUUUUCUCCAAUGUUUCUAUAGUCAUAUCUAAUACCGAAUUACCCGGAG